AUGGCAGCUACGAUGUACACAGCAACUGUUCUCGGAAGGAGCUGGAAUAUUCUGUUGAACACAUGGUCGAUCUAUAGAGUUCAUUGUCGAAAACCGUAUGCUUCUAUCGGUUACGAAGCAAUGGGCACGAAAACCAGAAAAUUUGUCUCAGUUAUCAUUGAUAUCACACAAUUCGGAGUUGCAACCGUCUAUCUGCUUCUAUCGGCGAAAAACAUUCAUGAUAUGGUCAAGACAUUCACCGACACGGAAUUCAGCUAUUGUAUUGUCAUUCUUAUAGUAGCAGGAUGUCUUCUGCCGGUUACUUAUCUCAAAUCUCCACAAGAUUUCUGGGUCGCAGUUAUGAUCGCAAUAUUCACAACAGUCGCUGCGAUUGUACUGAUCCUACUUGGAAUAGCACUUGACUAUGGGCUAUGUUCAAGUCACAAAGAGCUGCCACCGCUGAAACCUAAGGGAUUCUUCCUCUCCUUGGGUACUCUUAUUUUUGCCUGCGGUGGUCAUGCCGCAUUGCCAACGGUUCAGCAUGACAUGAAGAAUCCAGAAGAUUACAACAAAUCCGUUGUUCUCGCAUUUGCUGUGCUCCUCUUUAGUUAUGGUCCUAUAGCCAUCUUGGGCUUCCUGACCUAUCACGAUGCCAUAAGGGACUCCAUUCUUCCAUCAAUACAGACUAUAUGGAUCCAACAAGCAUGCAAUGUCUUCAUUACUCUGCAUUGUAUACUGACUUUGACAAUCGUCCUGAACCCGCUGAAUCAGGAUCUCGAGGACCUCUUUCAUUGCCCACACCAUUUUGGUUGGCAGCGAGUUCUUCUCCGAACGGCAACUAUGCUGGCAGUGGUGUUUGUCGGUGAAAGUAUUCCCAAUUUCGGACCCAUGGUGGAUCUUGUUGGUAUGCUCAUAAAUAAGGGUGGUUCUACAAUGGUAUUGGCGUCUCUGAUCCUUCCAUGUCUAUUUUACCUUCACUUACUCGCCAGGCAAAAGAAGGCCGAGGAAUGUGGUAAAGAUGACUCUCCGCCAACGCUGAAAGAGGUUUUUAUAUAUGCUCCGCCAAGAACUCUAGUCAUAUGUAUUUGUAUAAUGGUAUUUGGCGUUAUUGGAAGUGCAGCCGCUACAUUUUCGGCGAUAGUUGAACUGUCAACAACCAGCUUUUCGUUGCCUUGCUACGUCAGCCUGUUUAUUCACGAGGUAUGCAGAUGA